UGAACAAGGAUAACGUAUUUUCUCGCUCCUCAUCGAACUAUUUUAUGUUCGUUCAGUCGACUCGAUUCAAAAUACAUCGAACAAGUGUUACGACGGUUCAUGGAUAAAAUUAUCCUCCGUUUUGAAUAUUUGAAAAUAAUAUAACGACAAAUUGAUACUGAAGCCGCGAACAAGCGAAAACGAACAAAAGCUGAAAAGAAAGCAAAAAAUAAAUGAAUAGAAGAGAAUUAUUAUCUAAAGCAAAAGCGGAAAAUAUCGAACGAAACUCAAUACCGUCAGCUAAAAGCUAAAACGUCAUUUAUUCCGUGUGAACUCGAUAUUUGCAGAGUUUUGUUUUUGUUUUUAUUUUUAUUCUUUUUUUCUUGCUUCAUUUUGACGAAAUAAACCUCAUCAACGGUUGUGUGGUGUAAUUUUCACUUGACAUCAUCGUUGAGUUGGGUUUUAUUUUUGUGUUUUGUCAGUCGCUGCGUGUUAAUGUAUUCGUGGGAAAUACUAUAAAGAAAUACAUUUAAAUUUCGGUUCUACCAUAAAAGCGAGACGAUAAAAAAAGACUACAAGGAAAUUUCAUUGGUUAAAUCGAAGAAUGAAAUCUGAUUUUCUAACAUAAAUCAAUCAAGCGCACGGUUAGACAAGUCUACAUGUCUGAAUUGUGAAGGAAAAAGAUGAAGAAGAAGAAAUAAAGAAUGGCAUGAAAAUAGAAGAUUAAAAAAAAGAACGGAAAUAACAAGGAAAAACAACUACAACUACUUAUACAACGGCCGACAGAAAAAUACUACAAAAAAAAAAUUAAUAACGAUAAUAACAAGAACACAAACGUGCAGCAAGGUGACGUUGUAGUUCAACGAUUAUUCAGUUCACAUAAAUGUUUGUAUGAAAGCGAUUGCAAAAAUACAAAGACAAAAUAGAAAAACAGACGUCCAAAUCGAGCGAGUGCAAGAAAAUUGCGCCGAAGAAAAAUCAUAAAAUUUCAUUUUCUACUCAUAUUUUCCAUAGAUGAGCACGGAACCAAGCAAAAAAAGAAUAACAACAACAACGACGAAGACGUCGGCCACGACUACGAAACAACGAUCGAAAAAGCCGUCGAAAGAAUAUAUAACGUGCGACGUGACCGUUGAUGAUUAUUGAUAUUAUUAUGGGCAUUUGGUGCUGCUGAAGUCAAUCGUACACUCUACAGUUUGUAUAAAAGCAGCAUUGUCAUUCAACGAAAACACAGGAAAAAAGAAAGAAACAUUUUAUGUGCUUUGAAUUUGUGAGUGAAAGCAAAUUAUUAGAAAACCAAUUGCAACGGAUUGAUGUAGACAAAACGUAAAAUUAGUUUUUAAUUAAAGAGCAACAACAACAAGAAGCGAGAGAAAGAGAAGCGAGUGUGAGUUUGACAGCAAUGCUUAACGAGGAACCUUGAACUAAAAACCAUCGGGAAACGGUAACAUUAUUUAAUUAGGAAAAAAAGGGAUUUCGAACGCGAAAGGGAAAAAGAAUACACACGAAAAAAAAAGUGGAAAAUUGAUGAAAAUCGAUAGAAGCAAUUCCCAAAUUUCUUCCAUAUCGAUGAUUAUGUGCGGCAAAGCAUAACGGUGCAAACAACAGCAAUCUAAUUUGCAACGAUUUUUCCCUCCGCAGUCCAUUCCUUUCAGUUACUCGUGGGAGCCAACAUAUACAGUAUACACCAAAAUCAAUAUAUUCGUUUGAAGUAGUGGCAUGAGCUUUUUUUAGUGCAUUUUCCAUGUCAAGUCAUGGAAUGCAUUUGAACUGAAGUGAACUAAAGAGAACAGUGCUAAAAGAAAAGAAAAAGAAUAGAAUAAUAGAAAAAUUCGUUAACAAGAACAAGCCCAGUGGCAACAAACACUUGAUAAAAGACCAAAUAAGAAUUUUGUUUUUUUAUUGGAUUUUCGAUCGCAUGUAGGCGGAUUAAAACGAAGCAUAAGCAAAAAUAAAUUGAAAAUAAAACGAUAUGUAUCAAUAUCAGAAGCACACCGAGCUUAAUCGACGAAGAUAAAUACGCAAAAUUGAGAUCAUCAGAACGCAAAUACGCAAACAAAUUGUGUUCAUUGUAAUUUGUCAAUCGAAUAUAUACAACAAAUUUUCUCCUGUUCGUGUACAUUUACAUUUAUAUAUGUGACAAUAAUAAGAGACAUUUACAUUGAAUUUCUAUUUUUGUGAAUGGUAUAGACAAUAUUUUUCGAUAAAAUGAGACGAAAUUACGUUUUGCGAUUGGUUUCGAUUAUAUUGGCUGUUCAUUCAGUACAACAACAAAAUGGAUUAAUUGUGAACGCUACCAGCGUUUCGCAUAAAGCUCGCCCGAAAAUCGAUUUGAGUGACCCAUUUUAUAAUGGACAAAUCUAUUAUGAUACAUUAACUGAAACUCCGAUCGGAACGAUUGUGUAUGCAAUUGACGAGGAGAGUGUUGAGGUUGAUCCAUUUGCGAAUGAUAAAACGAAAACAUUUCAGCUGCAAGACGUUGUUACGCAUGGCAAUCCAAAUGACAAAUCAUUUAUAAAUCACAAUUUAUUUACCAUUGGAGAUGGGAACGAUGCAAUUGUCGAGAAUGGCAGUGAUGAAGAUGAUGAUGAUGUGAUUGACAUUGAUGGUGUGGUCGAUAAACAGGCAACGGCACAUUCAAAAUUUGCUAAUUUUGCAUUUAAUGAUGAAAAAUUAAUUCAAAAACCGAAAGCCGAGAACAAUAAUAAAAUCGGCGAUAAACCAUCGCAAAUCCAAUUGCAACAAAAGCAUCAACACCAACAUCAACGAAUACAACAACAACACCCGCUACCGAUCGAUGCAAAUAUUGAACGGGAUACACAGCAAGGCCAUCAGCAAACAGCAAAUAACAUUAUCGCAGCCCAUUCGAACAGGCAAAUGACCUAUAAUAAUACGUCAACAGCACGCUCAAAACCCCAUCGUCAUCACAACCGUCGACAAAAUCACAACGGAAAAUGGCAUCGACGUCAUCAAAAGUGGUUGAAACAGCACAAGGUGAAAUCACAUCGCAAUCGAUAUAGCAGUGCAUCAUCUCGAAGUGGUUUGAAGCCACAACAAAUUAAUUCCGGCAUAAAAUCGAGCAUUCGUGAUCCCAAUUCGUAUCCGUAUGUUCAGGCACAUGUAAGUUUCUACGAUUCAAGCUACGAUGAUACAUUGAGUUCGAAUCGUUUCACCGAAACAAAUCAUCGCGCCGACGAGAAAUGGCCACACUUAAAACGACUCCAAAGUCAAUUGCAUCAAGACUUGAUAAGUGACACACUACCACCGUACAUCAAAAAAUACAGCCGACGCAACAAACAAUUGAUUGGAUUGCUCGAAGGUGAAGGUAUGCCAAAUGUUGCAAAUGCUAAUUUAAAGGCAAAACAAUCGUCACAUUCACGACGUCGUCAAAAGCAAACCAAUAAAUGGAUCGAAAAGAAUUUAUUCGAAGAGCAAAUGGAUGAAAAGAAAAAUAAAAGUGUACAACAACAAAAACCACAUCAACCACCACAAAAACCGAUUGUACCACCGUACACAGUCGAUGGCAAACAUAUCAUUCCAAUCAUUUUGAAUUCGAAACAACGAUAUUUGACAGAGAAAAAUGUUCAAAGUGAACCAAACGGAUUGCCCGGCGAACAUUUAUCACUAUCGUCCGAAGACUAUGAAGAUUGUGAUAUUGAUGGUAGCGGUGUGGAUUGUCAGCAGCCAAAUGCUGCCGUUCAACAAUCACAAAUUGGGCAAAUUAAGCAGAAGGAAACUAUAUCGCCGAGAGCCGAUUCAUUUCUAUUUCAUCGCGUGGCAACACCGAGAUUAGUUGGAACGGCUGCUAUUGCCGGCGGUUUAAUUAAACAAAAGCUUCCAUUUGUCGCACUUACCGAUAAACGCAUUGAUGAUGGUGCGAGGCAACAACGCCGCAUUAAUACCAUACAAAAUACAUUCCCGUUACCAUAAAGCUCUUUCUUUGCACCCCUCAAAAGAAAUUACACUAUGUUCACAAAUUGAACCGAAGAAGCACACAUACACACACGCUUCGACCAACCAAAAAUAAGAAGAAAAAAACAACAACGCACUGGAUCAAAUGCACACACAAAAAAAACAUAUACUCUCUAUGUAAAAGAGGAAAAAUGAAAAUAGAAGAAGCACAUAGAAACAGCAGCCGGAAUAAAAUGAAGUAAUUUCUUUAUCACAAAAGUUCAGACUUCACAGCAAUUGUCGGACAUAUACUAGAAAACGAGUGCAGUUGAUUUCACUCACUCUUGUUUCCUCUUUGUUGCUCAAAAACAUCCGAGGCAGCACGUAAUCCAUCUAGCCGCAUAGAGCAGAUCGAGAGAGAAAAUGGAAUAUUAUAGUUUGAAUAAUAACAAGUGGAACAGAGAGAGGGAGAGGCGGAGAGAGAAAGAGUAAUGGAGAGCUUUUUGUUUCUGUGUUUUGUAUUAACCGCGCUACAGUACGAGACCGGCAUAGAAUGUAUGGUUGAAAACUUAAUAAGCGAACGAGCCCUUUAUAUUUUAUUCAAAUGUCGGUGUUCGGUGUUUGUACGAGGCAAACAGUUUUAUCCGGAUUUAUAAAGUCCGAACAACGAUUUCACGAAGCGUUCCAUUUGAGUUGGAGCGGCGCAGAGUUUUCGAAUAAAAAAAUGACUUUUUUGUCAAAGAGCGAUAUACACAUGGGUGUAUGAGAAAUGGAGAGAAUAGAAUGAAACAUCACAAAAAAAAUGUAUCACUAAACUAAAUCCACGCACCUGCUAACUGUUGAUGUCAAAUAGAGUUUACUCAAAAACAUUUUUAUAAAUGUGUUCUCAUAAAUGUAGAAACAACCCAAACAUACUGAAAAUAGAAUUAAAGUAGUUUUUUGCGCUUUUGUUAUCGUCGGCUAUUAAUAUUUUAUAUAUAUACACACAAAUAUCACAUAUACACUUACCGACCACGCAGCAAAUUGAUGCAAAAAAGGAAAUCUCUUAUAUUUCAUGUUAAAGACCCAAUGAAUAAAAUGGAUAAAGGACUGUCUGUGUAUAUGUGUUCUUAUCACAAUGAGAUGAAACCACAUAAACUCUUUUACUACGCAACUACAUAUCUUUGAUGAAUUUAACCGUAAAGAAAAAAAAUAAAUACCUGCAACGUAUAAUAUUUUAUUGAGUGUAAAUCCUCAAAGGAAAACUAUAUAUCAUUUAUUGCAAAAUGUCACAGACAAACCACAAAUGUAUCAUGUCUUAAACGAAUUUUUCUUAAGUGUACCUUCAAAAGCGAUGUUCCAUCGGUCCGUACAACAUUUUACAGAAUCAGAGCCGUAUUAUCAACAAGUGUAACUCUCUGGUUACGUAUAUCUCUCUCUUUAUUCAAUCUGAAAUGAAUUGAAUCGUCAUUGUCAUUUAGCAUCAACUACCUUUUGCACGUUCACAUUUGUUGUGUAUACUAGCAGCCUAGUCUAGGCUUGUCAGAUCUCGUUUGCUCUCUGGUAUCUGUUUCGUUUGAGAUUUCCUAACUCGAGAGAGAGAGAGAGAGAGAGAGAGAGAGAGAGAGAGAGAGA